AUGAUUCAGCCUCUCUACGCUCUUGUUUUCAGUGAAGUUGCAGUGAUCCUAGUUCUUCUUUUCCGCACGCCGUUGAGAAAGCCGCUUUUGAUGCUGUUGGACAGAUUGAAGCAAGGCCGGGGCCCCGUGGUGGCGUCCACCGCCGGCGGGACUCUUUUCGUGAUUAUGGUUUCACUCUUGUUCAACAUUACCACGAUCCAGAACCGAACCCUUGAAGGCGGCGGCGUUAAUCCCACCGACCAGGUUCUCUUGGCCAAUCAACUUCUCGAAGCUUCGCUUUUGGGAUUUGCCCUAUUUCUGGGCUUGAUGAUCGACAGAAUCCAUUAUUACAUCAAAGAGGUUCGCAUGCUGAGAAAGCAUUUGGAGGCUGUAAAAAAGUCGGAGGAUGUCCAUAGCAAGGAGAAAGGCAAAAGUAAAGCUGUUGAGGAAGAUGAUUAA